AUGUGCCCAUCGGCCGCUUCGCCCGGCCGCAAUGCGCCGCUCCUCCACACGGCAUCCUCCACGGCAGAAUCCGAGCGCCGGGUCGGCGCGUGCAGCCUCGUCGUGAUUGGAUUCUUCUGGGUGUCGGGCGGCAUAUACGGAUCCGAGGACCUCCUCUCGGCUGGACCGCCGCUCGUGAUCUUCGGCUUCGUCCUCACGGUCGCGCUCACUUUUGCGCUGCCGAAUGCGCUGAUGACGGCCGAGCUGGCCACCUUUUUGCCCGCCGACGGUGGCCAGGUCGCGUGGGUGUACGAGGCGCUCGGGUCCGUGGGACACCACAACGCGCUGUGGGGCAAUACUUUAGAUUUGCCGGGCGGCACGGACGCUUAA